ACUCCUUUCAGCAGCCACAAAAACGCCUUCGAAUGUGGAAAGUGGGGCGGUGACGUCAUGCUCACGUCAUUCCGGAGCUCGCUCGCUCGACUUACCCAGACAGAUGCUAAAGCUAGCACCAAAACAGCUAGUACGGUGGAAAGGUGAAGCAGUCAAAAACUCGGCAAUCAAACUUGGAGACCACAGUGGCCAUCUAAAAGCUUUUGAAGCACGCCACACAUAUAGAGUAUGAAUGAUGCUCCGGUCACACUGAUCCAGCAGUACCGGCGGCGAUGUUUCCAGGGGCGGAGCCACUCCGCACUGGGCUCGCUCCCCGCCACGCCGCACAGGAAGUUGGCGACGUGCGGCGGGAGCUUCCGGAUGUUGGGCCGGCCGCUGCACACGUCCGCAGCACGGACCGGCGCCGUGGUCCAGUUCAAACUGUCGGACAUCGGCGAGGGAAUCACGGAGGUGACGGUGAAGGAGUGGUACGUGAAGGAGGGAGACAAAGUGUCGCAAUUCGACAGCAUCUGCGAGGUGCAAAGCGACAAGGCGUCCGUCACCAUCACCAGCCGGUACGACGGCGUCAUCGCAAAACUUUACUACCGCGCGGACGACGUCGCCCUGGUGGGGAAACCCUUGGUGGACAUCGAGACCGACUCCGCUUCCGACGUGACCCAGGAAGAAGACGUGGUGGAGACGCCCGCCAUGGCUCGGGAGGAGCACACCCACCAGGAAAUCAAAGGAGUCAAGAUCCAGGCCACGCCCGCCGUCAGACGCCUCGCCAUGGAGAACAAUAUCAAGCUGAGCGAGGUGUUGGGUUCGGGAAAGGACGGGCGCAUCCUGAAGGAAGACAUCCUGGACUUCCUGGCCAAGCAGACGGGAGCCAUCUUGCCCCCGAGCCCGUUCCACGAGAUCCCGGCCCGGCCCCUUGCCGCGCCCUCGCCGGCCCCGCGGCCUCCGCCCGUCGCGCCGCAGCGCGUCUUCGCUGGCAAAGAUGUGACCGAACCGCUCAAAGGCUUCCACAAAGCGAUGGCGAAGAGCAUGACGGCGGCGCUCAGCAUUCCUCACUUGGGACUGUGCGACCAAGUGGACCUCAGCCGCCUGGUGGCGCUCAGGGCCGAGCUCAAGGCGGACGCUCAGUGUCGCGGCAUCAAACUCAGCUUCAUGCCCUUCUUCAUUAAGGCCACCUCCCUCUGCCUCAGCCACUUCCCCAUCCUCAACGCCUCAUUGGACGAAGGCUGCCAGAACAUCACGUACAAGGCGUCUCAUAACGUCGGCGUCGCCAUGGAUACGAGCCUGGGUCUGCUGGUUCCCACCGUGAAGAACGUGCAGCUGCUCAGCAUCUUGGAAGUGGCGCAGGAACUCAACCGGCUUCAGGCGCUGGGCACCGCCGGCCAGCUGGGAACGGCGGACCUGAGCGGAGGAACCUUCAGCUUGUCCAACAUCGGAUCGAUCGGAGGGACGUACGCCAAGCCGGUCAUCCGUCCUCCUGAAGUCGCCAUCGGCGCUCUGGGCAAAAUCCAGGUCCUGCCGCGCUUCGACGCCUCGGGUCACGUGAUCGCCGCGCACGUCAUGAACGUCAGCUGGUCGGCCGACCACCGCCUCGUGGACGGCGCCACCAUGUGCCGCUUCUCCAACAUGUGGCGAGACUUCCUGCACAACCCCGCCGGCAUGCUGCUGCACCUCAAGUGAGGAAGCCUGGAGGUCACGCGGGGGGGGGUUCCAUCAUCUUCAUCGUCUUCGUCAUCAUCAAGCGCAAGCGCCUUCGUUGAGCGACGACAGCGAAGCAGUGCCUGAAAGGAGAGGUCGCCCCGCGCUCACUCCCGGAUGAUCGACGCCGUCGUCACUUGACUUGCUUUUCUUUUUCUGUUGUCUGUUACAAACUGCCAUUGGUUGCGUUCA